GCCUCUCCGCCCCAUUCCGACCUCUUUCCGUUCCCUUUCCGACCGAAUCUCCCUCGAGCCCAGCGGCGAUGUUCACUUCCAAGCUGCAUAACCUGUGCCAAAAGCUGCGGUGGCCGGGGCCGGCCUACGCCGACCGGUGCGAGGGCCCAGACCACGCGCCGACUUUCCAUGCCACCGUGGCCGUCGGCCGCGCCGUGUUUCGCUCGCCGGCGGCACCCGGGCCCCGCACGCGCAACCAGGUGCGGGAUCUCGCCGCCAGGGCAGCCUUCGAGGUCCUCGCCGGCUGGGAAGCCCCUCCGCGGCUACAGAUACUGCCCGAAACGCAAGUUCCUUACAAGUGGCAGUUACAAGAUUAUGCUCAGAAGAGACAGAAAGAUUUACCAUUGUAUCACACCAUUCAGAGUGGUCCACUUCACCAGCCAAUGUUCAGGUCAACAGUCACCAUAGAUGGCCGCACCUUUGAAAAUCCGCAAGACCACAACACAAAAAAGAAGGCAGAAUCGGCUGCUGCGGCAGCUGCCCUAAUGGCAUUAGCCGACCAAGCAAAACCACGGGAGAAAAUGCUACUGAACCAAGAGCUGAGGCGGCGACAGCAGCAACUGUGGCACAUGUUGCUUGUGCCAAAUGCGGUUUCUCAAAGUCAAUUGACAGGAUCAAGGUCUACCGACGCCAUCCUGAAAUGGUGUUACCAGAUGGGGCGACCAUACUCCCCUUUAGCGACGAUGAGUGGGUGGCUGUGAGGCUACCCUCCCCUCAACCCUGAAGAUGCAGAUGGUUGGUGCUAGCGCAGCCAAUGCACCUGCGCUGUUGUAUAUGUUGUAGUUUUACCCCAAGUUUGGCUCAACAUAUCCACACUGCAGCUUUAUUAUGUGCCUCUUCGAUUCGACAUGGUUAUAGGCUUGAUGUAAUAAGUGUAUGCUGAUGGUAGUUGGCCCUUGGCCAACCAUCUCGCUAGCUAAACCUGGAUUAUACAUGUUAUCACCAAGUUGUCACUUUGAGUUUACAAGACUGCAACUUUAAUUAUUGGGACCAU